AUGUGUGAUAUCAAGGAAUUUAGGGUCGACAUUGCACACGAAGAAGUUAGGCGCUUGCGAAGUAAACUUGAAGAGUUCAGACUUCCGAGUCGUUCCGAAUGCCGUGAUGCUGACCAGAAUUUUGGAGAUUGGUACUCCACGGCGACAUUCCUCCAAAGUUGUUGGCUCAACGACUUUGACUGGUACGAGGUUCAGAGCCACAUGAACGAGGUGCCGCAGUACUUGGCCACAGUUGAAGACCUUACAAUACACUUCACCCACGCUCGAUCGCAGAGUCCUGAAGCAAUUCCCCUGCUCGCCAUCCAUGGCUGGGCUGGGACGUUCUGGGAGUACAGUCAAAUCUGGCGUCCGUUAUCUGAUCACGCCAACCUUGACGAUCCAUCUUUCCACAUCGUGGUACCAAGCAUGCCAGAUUUCUGUUGGUCCUCUUCCUCAAAGCAGGCUAGCUGGAAGCUUAAGGACAACGCACGUGUUUUUGACACGCUCAUGAAGAGCCUUGGGUACAACGAGUACAUGGUCCAGUGUGGCGAUUUGGUUCAUGCUGUAGGCCGUGAGCUUGGUGCAAAAUACACUGACUCCUGUAAGCUUCUGCACUGCAACUAUGCUUCCAUUCCGCUACCAGAUGAUACCCAGCUCUCAGAACGCGAGAAGGAGGACUUCCGCAAAUAUGGAAACUGGGUACAGCGCCAUAGGGGGUUUGACGUCACCGCCAGAAUCCAACCUCAAACAAUUGCCCUAGCAUUGCAUGAUAAUCCUAUGGGAAUACUCAUGUGGGUUCUUGAAAAGUACCAGGUCGUCGGUCACUCAGAGCCCCGGAACAAUCCCUUGUGGACCAAGGCCAUUCUGACCACCGCUUCUCUGUACUUUUUCACCGGAUGUAUCAUGUCCUCGGUCAUGCCAUACUACAAUCCUCCGACUUGCGAGAAGUUCUCGGAUCUUCCGAUAGACGAAGACAAUAGAAUCAAGGUGCCAUUUGGGUUCAGCUCCUGUUCCUGGGAUACGGACGAAGCCUCCAAAAGAGCAAUGAGACGAUCAGUCGAGCAGAAUGGGAACCUGGUCUUUUACAGAGAACGCAAUGACGCAGGUCAUCUCGCUGCUCUACAGCAGCCAGACGGAUUGGUGCAGGACAUACGAGACUUGGCUAAAGAGAUGUGGGGAAAGCAGCCGAAAGGUGAAAGUCCCAGUACCUUCGGAGGGUUGAAACUCUCGUUCAAUCCAAUUGACUCACGAGUUCGGCACGAGUAUCGUACUUGA